AUGGCUAAUACAUACAACGUGACCCAAUUCAUCUUCCUGGGACUGUCUCCCAGUCAGGAGGUGCAGAGAGUUUGCUUCAUGAUUUUUCUGCUCUUGUACAUGGCGAUCGUGCUGGGGAACUUCCUCAUUGUGCUCAUUGUCAUGACCAGCAGAAGUCUGGGAUCCCCCAUGUACUUCUUCCUGAGCCACCUGUCCUUCGUGCAGAUCUGCUACUCCUCUACUACAGCCCCUAAGCUCAUCUCAGAUCUACUGGCUGAAAGGAAAACCAUAUCUUGGUGGGGCUGCAUGACACAGCUUUUCUUUAUUCAUUUCUUUGGUGGCAUCGAAAUGUUCAUGCUCACGGUGAUGGCCUAUGACCACUAUGUGGCCAUCUGCAAGCCCCUCAACUACACCACCAUCAUGAACCAGCAGGUGUGUAUGGUCCUGGUGGGAAUGGCAUGGGUGGGAGGCUUUGUGCAUUCCUUGGCCCAGAUCCUUCUCAUCUUCCAACUGCCCUUCUGUGGCCCUAAUGUGAUUGACCACUAUUUCUGUGAUGUCCUUCCCUUGCUCCAAUUGGCCUGCUCAGACACUUUUCUUAUUGGUCUGCUGAUUGUUGCCAAUGGGGGGACCUUGUCUGUUAUCUGCUUUGUGGUCCUCUUGACAUCCUAUGCAGUCAUCCUGUUUCAUCUGAGAACUCAGAGCUCUGAGGUUAGACGCAAAGCCCUCUCCACCUGUGGGUCCCACAUCACUGUGGUUAUGCUGUUCUUUGUACCUUGUGUCUUCAUCUACCUGAGGCCUUCUAGUACUCUUCCUAUAGACAAGAUGGUAGCCGUUUUCUACACAGUGAUAACCCCACUCCUCAACCCUGUCAUCUACUCCCUGAGAAAUGCUGAAGUGAAGAAGGCCGUGAAGAGACUGUGGAUCAGGACAGUGAAACCGGAUGAGAAAUGGAGGCUGAGCCUUGGUACUGCAACUUGGGUUUGGAAUGAUGCUGAGUCCAAACUGAUGGGGCUUAAAAGGUAG